GGACUUAAAAAACAGGUGAACGUACACGUUCACGAACCAAUACAUUUCGACCAAUCAGUGGUAACAGAGGAUUAUUCGUAUGCAUACUUCAGAAAUCUACACCAAUGAAAUCUCAGUGGGCGUGGCCAAAGACUCAACCGGUCUGGUGGCGCUGUCUGCUUUUAGAUCCUCACAGUAGAAUGGCGGCCGCAGCCUGCGGUGCUCGCGGUUGUCCUAAAGCUAAUACAGCCAAACCACUCAAAGAGCACAUGCGAAAAAGCCGGGACUCCCGUCGUAGACAAGCGGCCCUGUUGUUUCUGAACAACAUAUCUUUAGACGGACGACCGGUUUACAAUCUAAACAACGGCGUUGUUCGCCCCAGAGAAGCCGAGAACCGGUGCGUGGAUGUCGCAGAGUCGGCGCCGACGGGUCCCACUCGGUCGACAACCAUCACCAAUGGAACAUACACUCAAGUGUCAGUCUCCGUUAUCGACGAAUCUGCGACCCCCUUACCGAGGACUAACACCCACCCUGCUCCUCUGAGCCCCCCGACAUGUAAUCAAGGGAGUAGCGACGUUUUUACGGAGGAUGUGCGCGCAGAUCCUUCGUCGGUUCAGGGACCCCCCCUUUCCCCAACUUCUGGACCGCCGAAUACAUUUUCUGGAGCCGGCAAAUCACCCAUCCCGUUCCAGGGAUCUACCUCCGUACCUGACCCACGACAAAGGACACGUAACCUCUCUGGGUCUCCGGGGCCUAAGGUUUCCAAGAAGGUGCACUUCAUCAAGAAUAUGAGACAGUAUGAUACUCGAGGAAGCAGGGUUGUGCUGAUCUGUGCCAAGAGAACCCUAUGUGCUGCUUUCUCUGUAUUGCCUUAUGGAGAUAGUUAUCACAUCAGUGACUCAAAACUAGAAGGCCAGAAACAGAGACACUCUUCCGGCGGGGUAGUUGAUAUGGUCCCAGGACUCGAGGGGGUGGAGGUGGACUUUGGAACGACUGUGUCAUACGCACGCUUCCUUCUCCCAACUAAUGCCCUGGUCCGGCAGAAAAGCAGUGGGCUGCCUGAAACCAUUUCGGGUCAGACCCCUAUGUCACGCAACCGCAUCAACGCCCAGAAGAACUUCACACCCUCCCGAAUCAGCAGUAUGGGCCAAGAUACUGGUGCGGACGAGCUAUCAGACUAUGACCCCAAUUUACUCAGCGACCCCCAGUGGCCUUGCGGGAAGCACAAGCGAGUCUUAAUUUUUGCGUCCUAUGUGACAACAGUUAUCGAGUAUGUAAAACCAUCCGACUUGAAGAAAGACAUGAACGAGACAUUCAAGGACAAGUUUCCUCACAUUAAACUGACUCUCAGCAAGAUCAGAAGUUUGAAAAGGGAGAUGCGAACGGUGAGUGAAGAGUGUGGGCUACAGCCGGUUACCAUAGCGAUGGCCUAUGUUUACUUCGAGAAGCUGGUUCUGCAGGGGCGACUGAAUAAACACAACCGAAAGCUGGUGUCUAGCGCCUGCGUUUUACUGGCGGCCAAGAUUAGCAGUGACCUCAAGAAACACGAAGUCAAGCAAUUGAUGGAUAGGUUGGAGGAGCGUUUUCGGAUAAAUCGCAAAGAGCUGAUUUCUCUAGAGUUCACUGUACUGGUUGCCCUGGAGAUGGCACUCUACCUUCCAGACAGCAAGGUCAUGCCCCACUAUCGCAGACUGGUACAGCAGGUCUAAACCGUAGAGGACCCUAUUCAACCAAUCCCAGAUCAGUUGUUUCUUCUCCACUCCCUUUUUCACUUCUAUCAUGUAACUGAUUUUAUAAAUCGCACGGACGCUUACUUCAAACACUGAUUUACAUUUUUUUUCCCAUUUCGUUUUUUUUAAAUAGAAAAACGUCAUUUAUCAACUUCUUAAUCAGAAAGUUUUAUUCUUCGCGAUUUCACUUAUUUAUGAAAUAUUUUUUAUGGAUGACAUUAAUUUAAUUUUAAUUCAUAAUUUAUGUGUUUUGAAUAUUAUAUUUUUUGUAUUCUUUGGGGAUAGGAGUUCUUCUGUACUUUUUUGGGGGGUUGUGGAGCAUUCCGAUGCGUAUCCAGCCAGACACUCUAUGUUAGAGAUGACAUUUAACAGGCGCAUUUAUUGUGCUUCUCUAGGAAGUUUUUUGUAGUCAACAAACAUUCAGAGAGUAAACACCUUGAUUUUAGGGCGAAAUUGUAUUUUUCAGUGAGACACGAUACAUUGUUGAAUAGGUUUAAAUGUAGAAAAGAUUGACAAAUUUAAUUUGAAUGUCUAAGUGCCAUUUUUAAUAGGGUGUAAAAAAAUUAGAAACUGAACUGAUUUUUUUUGUUACAGAUGUUUUUACAUUUGAAUUGUUACAUUCUUUAAAGAGAUGGUUAACCCCAAAAUGAUUUUUUUUUUCAUAGUUUACUCGGUUAUUCCAAACCUUUAUACAUUUCUUCGUUCUUUUGAAAGCAAAAGAGGAUAUUUUGAAGAAUGUUGUAAACCAAACAGUUCUGGGGCACCACUGACUACUAUAUUAGUUUUUUUCUUCUGUGGUAGUCAAUAGUGCCCCAGAAUGGUUUGGCUAGAAACAUUCUUUCAAAUAUCUUUCUUUGUGUCUAAAACAGUAAAAAUUAUACGAACCAGACUGAGUAAAUGAUGACAGAAUUUCCAUUUAUGGCUGAACAUCUCUUUAAUGCAGCUUUGACAAUUACCAUAAUGAAAUCAGUUUUAUUUGAGGUUACUAGUGUAUCCUAUUUAUCGUUUGUCAGAUGUGCAACAUGCUCCAAACUGUAGGUUUAACAAAUGUAUUUUCAGCUGUUGUGUAUUUGGUCACUGAGAAAACCUUACCUCUGUGACCAAAUUUGUGUGGUUUAUGUUGUGCAGUGUUGAAUAUGAGAUAUGAAUUAUUAAUCUUUUUUAUCAGUGUUCAUAAAUGGUGUCUUAUCUUUCCCCCAAUCCCUCUGAAAUAUGCUUCAGGAGUGAGCUAUGUUUACUUUUAAACCUGAACAGUAUCACAGUGUGGAGCAUUAUCACAAUUUCACUAUGCAACAUUUUUUUUAUUCGUACAUCUGUUUUUAGUAUCAGACUUUGAUUUAUGAUUAACAGACAUUUCACUCCUUGGUAAUAAAGCAAUAAUCCACAAGAGGUUAUGGGUAAUUUUGAUUUUACUACAGAAGAAGGGCGGCAUGAAGUGUCAAACCACAUUGCCUGUAGUAAAAUUACAGUUAUGCACAGACUCAAGUGGCUUAUUGCUUUUAAAGUCGGCAUGAAAUAAAAAAUGCAAAUUUGAAUUGUUUUACACAGUGGUACAAUAUUUAUUAUAAAUUAUUUAUCUGUGCAUAUCAUUAUUUUUUUUAAUCCGUCAAAUCUGCUCCCAUUUUGUUGGCAACGCCCAACUUUCAACGAUCCAAUCAGUUCUAGAUGAAUGAAAUCAAGUCCCGCCCUACAUAUGUAUACAGAUUUUUUUUUUUGCUACUUUCAUGCCAACUUUAAAAAUGUGCCAAAAGCAAUUAUGAUGAACAUAAGCGGUUAGAUUAAUAAUUCAUGGCUACGUAUAUACUUUAUUUUUCUUACUGUAAACCAAACACAAUUAAUGCAUGAUGUGGUGGGGCAGGUGUGGUUUUCUUUCCAAAGUGACUCAUCCAAUUAGAAUUCAGGGUCAGAAUGAUUGGUUUGUUUAUUAAAUUCUUGGAGUUUCUUAAUAUAAUAAAGCACAUUGCCACCAUCUAGUGGUGGCCUUUUAAUGUGACAGCUCUGUAUGGUGCAUCUGAAACUUUCUCUCAGGGCUGAGACAGAAAAUCUGUGAGAAAGCAACUGGAACGGAGAGAAUUUUUGUAAUUGUACUUCACUUAUUCUGUAUAGUGUAAAUCGUCACUGAAUUUUGAAGAAUGAAGUGCCUUCUAUUACAUUUGCCGGCACAGUCUUUUAGCCGUACUCUUUUUUUUUACAAGUCACAGUUAUAACAUCGAGACAAUUUUUUGAAAAGCAUGUGGGUUUAGACAAGGUUAAAAAACGUGGGUUUUUUGGAAAUUGUGUGUGUAUGUGAGAAUACAUUGUGUCCUGUGAUACUUUCGUGAAUAUUUUCUGUGGAUCUAGAAUGAUACAAUCACUGUGAGGGUAUCCUGUGACAUUCUGCAUGAGAAACCUGUUUUUUGUGAGUGUUGUUGAUUAUAAAGUCCUUACAAAGUUUAUUUUUUAGAAUUUCCUUUUUUCAGUCUAUGACUGAAAUGUAGUUUGGACCGUUUACUGAUCUUGUGCUGUGAGGAUACUGUUGUUUUGUCUAUUUCAUUGGAAUUAGAUUUAUAAAAAUGUUUAUUUUGUCUGUAAAGUUUGUAUAAUGAAAGAUUGUCUCACCAAAAAAAGUGUCUGUAUUU